AUGCAGGCCAUCAAGCAGGCUCUUCACAUUGGCCAGGGCGCUGAUGCCCCUGAGCCUACUCCCGAGGCUCUCAAUGAGCUCAAGGAGAAGUACACUCAGGCCGGCCAGGAGCAGGUCUUCACCUUCUACGACUCUCUGUCCUCCGCCGAGCGAGGAACCCUCUACCAGCAGCUCUCCGGCUUCGAUCCCGCCCACAUCAACGAGAUCACCAACCGUGCGCUGAACCCUCCCAAGACCAGCGAUAAGCCCGAUGUCCUCGAGCCUCUCCCCGAAUCCGCCACCGCUAGUAUCCUCGACUCCAAUGCCGAUGACAUUAACAAGUGGUAUGACUCGGGUCUUGACCUCAUCUCCCAGGGUCAGGUUGCCGUCGUCCUCAUGGCUGGUGGUCAGGGUACCCGACUUGGCAGUUCUGCUCCCAAGGGCUGUUACGAUAUUGGCUUGCCUUCCCACAAGUCUCUCUUCCAGAUCCAGGGCGAGCGAAUUGCCAAGGUUCAGGAGCUUGCCGCCAAGAAGGCUGGCAGUGAUGCUGCCGUUGUGCCCUGGUACGUCAUGACCAGCGGUCCUACCCGUGGUCCCACCGAGAAGUUCUUCCGCGAGAACAACUUCUUUGGCCUGAGCGAGGACAAUGUCAAGAUCUUUGAGCAGGGUGUUCUCCCUUGUAUCUCCAACGACGGCAAGAUCCUCCUCGAGUCCAAGGGCAAGGUCGCCGUUGCCCCCGACGGAAAUGGUGGUAUCUACCAGGCUCUCGUCGUCUCUGGUGUUCUCGAUGACAUGCGCAAGCGUGGAAUCCAGCACAUCCACGCCUACUGUGUCGACAACUGCCUUGUCAAGGUCGCCGACCCCGUCUUCAUCGGCUUCUCGGCCUCUCUCGACGUCGACAUUGCUACCAAGGUCGUCCGCAAGCGCAAUGCCACCGAGUCCGUCGGCCUGAUUCUCUCCAAGAACGGCAAGCCCGAUGUUGUCGAGUACUCCGAGAUUGACCAGGCCACCGCUGAGGAGGCCGACCCUAAGCAGCCUGACGUUCUGCGAUUCCGCGCUGCCAACAUCGUCAACCACUACUACUCCUUCCGCUUCCUCGACUCCAUCCCUGAGUGGGCUCACAAGCUCCCCCACCACAUCGCCCGCAAGAAGAUCCCCGCUGCCGACCUCGAGAGUGGUGAGACUGUGAAGCCCGAGAAGCCCAACGGCAUCAAGCUUGAGCAGUUCGUCUUUGACGUGUUCCCUCUGCUGUCUCUCGAUAAGUUUGCCUGCUUCGAAGUCAAGCGUGAGGAUGAGUUCUCUCCCCUCAAGAACGCCCCCGGCACUGGCGAGGACGACCCCGACACCAGCAAGCGAGAUAUCAUGACCCAGGGCAAGCGCUGGGUUGAGGCCGCCGGCGCCAUUGUUGUUGGCGACAAGGCCGAGGUUGGCGUCGAGGUGUCGCCGCUUAUCAGCUACGGUGGUGAGGGUCUGGAGAAGGUCUCUGGCACAGAGAUUACUGCGCCUGCUGUUCUGGAGCGCGAGUAA